AUGGAGGGAGGGCCGCCAUAUCGGGAGGCAAGCAGUCGCUCUCGCCGAAGCGACACGAGCACAUGCGAGAGCACAGUUACGGCUAUGCUCACUUCAGGCCAGACAUGUCCUUCGGAUGCAUCUCCUGGCGACCAUGACACCUUCCUCAAUUCCUGGCUGACACGGCAAGCGGUGCUGUUUACUUCUGGUCUCACAUACGCCGUCCGGAACCACUCCCGGAUAACCUUGACUGGCCGUCUGAAAAACCCGUGGCUUAUCCUGCCGGCUAUGGCAUUGUUCAGCUUGACAACGCUUUUCUUGCUCACGGGGCUCCAUAUGCAUGCGACUUCGGGACAUUAUGGUCUAUCUGGACAUGUGGGGGGACCUGACCAAGUCGCCGAGCAUGCUCCCAUCUUCACGCUCCCCGCCUCGGCUGACGUGGGUAAGAACGUCCUGCCCAAUAUCCAGGACCCCGAGGCUGUCGACCCUCAAACAGCAUGCCCGGGUUACAAAGCGUCCAAUGUCCAGGAUACCGAGAGCGGCUUUACGGCCGACCUAGAUCUCGCCGGCUCGGCAUGCAAUGUCUACGGCAACGACGUUGAGAAUCUGGCUCUGUCCGUCGAGUUUCAAAGUGAAGACCGUAUUCAUGUCGAGAUUCGGCCUCGUUACCUCAGUCCCGAGAAUGAGACUUGGUUUCUUCUCCCAGAGGAACUCGUCCCUAGACCGUCGAUAAAAAAGAGCAACUCUCAUCGUUCCAAUGGCCUGGUCGUGUCCUGGUCAAAUGAGCCGACCUUCUCUUUUGCUGUGAAGCGCGUGGAGACCGGGGAUGUCCUCUUCUCGACCGAGGGGAAGGUUCUAGUUUAUGAAGACCAAUUCAUUGAGUUCGCCUCGUCACUUCCGGAGAACUACAAUUUGUAUGGCCUCGGCGAGGUUCUUCACGGCUUCCGCCUGGGAAACAACUUCACGAAUACGAGGUACUUCACCGCUGGCCACUCAGAGAAGCUGACCUACGCUGCCAAUGCGACAGACAAGACAGCCCAAUAUCUAUCCUACACCCACGGUGUGUUCCUUCGCAACGCCCAUACCCAGGAGAUCGUCCUACAACCAUCCGGCAUCACAUGGAGGACGCUCGGUGGCAGCGUCGAUCUCUACUUCUACAGCGGUCCCAGCGCGGAGAACGUGAUAAGUUCCUAUCAGCAAUCGACGACUGGGCUGCCCGCUAUGCAACAGUACUGGACCCUCGGUUAUCACCAGUGCCGCUGGGGGUAUGAUAGCUGGGCGGCCCUGCAGGAGGUGGUUGACAACUUUGCCAAAUUUGAAAUCCCGUUGGAAACCAUUUGGUCCGACAUCGAUUAUAUGAAGCAGUACCGCGACUUUGAGAACAACCCCGUGAGCUUCAACUAUGACGAGGGAGCUGAGUUCCUGACCAAGCUGCACGCCAAAGACCAGCACUACAUCCCCAUCGUUGACUCGGCCAUCUACGCCCCAAACCCCGAGAACCCCAGCGAUGCCUACGCCCCGUAUGAUCGGGGAAUUGAGGCCAAAGCGUUUGUCAUGAAUCCGGAUGGUUCUAUAUACUACGGGGCAGUAUGGCCUGGCUACACCGCCCAUCCGCCUUUUCACCUUCCCGGGGAACCCGGAAACCUCAUCCUACAGUACCCCGAGGGCUUCGAGCUCACCAAUUCAUCAGAGGCAAUCCCCGCCGCGUCUGCUCUCCGUGAGCAGGAGGCAGCAUCUCCCACCACCGUGAGCCCAACGUCCUACCAUCGCACCACACCCACCCCCGGGGUAAGAGAUAUAAACUGGCCGCCCUACGUGGUCAAUAACUUCCACGGCGACCUGGCCGUUCACGCUAUCAGCCCAAACGCAACCCACCACGGCGGCUACGUGCAGUACGACUUCCACAACCUCUUCGGCCACCAAAUCCUCAACGCGACCUACCAAGCCCUCCUCCAAAUCUCCCCCACCAAACGCCCCUUCAUCAUCGGGCGCAGCACCUUCGCCGGAUCUGGCAAAUGGGCCGGCCACUGGGGCGGCGACAACGAAGCUUCCUGGUCCCACAUGGCCUUCAGCAUCCCCCAAGCCCUCACCUUCUCCCUCUUCGGCAUCCCCAUGUUCGGCGUCGACACCUGCGGCUUCGGCGGCAACAGCGCCCUCGAGCUCUGCGCCCGCUGGAUGCAACUCUCGGCCUUCUUCCCCUUCUACCGCAACCACAACAUCCUGGGCGCGAUCCCGCAAGAACCCUACCUCUGGGCCGACGUCGCGCGCGCCACCCGCGCCCGCCAUGCGCGUGCGCUACGCCCUCCUUCCCCUACCUCUACACGCUCCUCGCGCGCGCCAACGCCCGCGGCGACACCGUCAUGCGCGCCCUCGCCUGGGAGUUCCCCCGCGAGCCCUGGCUCGCCGCCGCCGACCGCCAGUUCCUGCUUGGGCCGGCCUUGUUGUGUGGUGCCGCUGCAGGAGCCCGGGAUGACGACGGCGCAGAGCAGGAGGAGGCCGUGGGGGUUGGUGGUGGCGUUGGAUUGGGAGGGGUUGGCGAAGGGGGAGUUGUAUUUGGAUGAUGGGGAGAGUUUGGUGCCGGAAGCGGUUACGUGGGUGCAGUUCACCGCAACGAGCACAUCCAUCUCAGCUGAACCCCAGGGUGAUUAUGUCGACACCAACGCGUUGGGCAACGCCACUGUCAUGGGCCUGGCCAAGGGUCCUGUGAGGGUGUGGAUGAAUAGUCAUGUGUUGGAUCUUGCGAAUUGGAAUUAUGACGAGGAGAGGGCUACAUUGUCGCUGCAUGGACUGAAUGACCUGUUCCCACAGGGUGCGUGGGCAGAGCGGUGGGAGAUUAACUGGGAGUGA